UAUUUCUUUUUUUAAUAGUUCAUUCCAACCUAUUGAAGAGUGCACUCCUCCCAUAAGUUGAAUUUCAAGCAAUUCCAGUUUUGAAGCAGUAAUCAUUCAAAUACUUCAUUUCAUAUUUCAUAUACCGUGGUAGCUAGUGACAGCUGCCAAUUUCAUAUCGGUUUCCAAAUGCCAGUUCAACAAUUUGUCAAGUAAAAGUUUGACAAUGCAGUUUGUCCUAACUAUUUGCUUUCAUUUGAUUGUUAGUACAAUCAGCGAUGACACCCGAGAAGAAGGAGUUCCUCGUAUAAUCGGAGGUUUCGUAUGCUCGGAACAAGAUCACAGAUUUGUUGUUUCCAUACGAAACCAAAAACUGGAUCAUGUUUGUGGAGGAACCUUACUGAAUGAAUUCUGGGUUCUGACUGCUGCACACUGCAUCAGAAUGAAUCCUACAGUACACGCUGGACUGAACUAUUUGACGGGUUUCAAGCAAUACAUCGCUGCUCGAGUAGUCGAUAUGUAUCCUCAUCCGCAAUACAACAAGAAGACUAUGGAUAACGAUAUCGCCUUGUUUCGUCUGGAGUCUCCUCUGGCUGUAGACGACUAUUUCAUACAAUAUGUAAAAUUACCUAGGAAAAUGAAUACUGAAUCAGAAGAUAUUUAUGAGCAGCAGCAAAAAUGUUUGGUGAUGGGGUGGGGAGUUACGGACAUCAUGAUCCAGGAGGUGUCUUUCACUCUUCAGUGUCUUUUUCUGCCCUUGAUAAAAAACGACAAAUGUUCGCAGUUGUACAAGAACUUUACUAUAACAAAAAAUAUGAUAUGCACUUUCUCCGAGGAUGAGGAAGACGCCUGUCAAGGAGAUUCGGGGGGACCGUUAAUAUGUGAAGAUAAGCAGAUCGGUAUCAUUUCUUGGGGGGUUGACUGUGCUGGAGACUAUCCUGGCGUCUACACCAAAAUCGACAGAUACUUGGAUUUUAUCGAGAAGACAAUGAAACAUUAUCAAAGGGCGAAGUCCACAGCGAUGACAUUGUCGACAUCAGAUUCAUCUUUUUUAUUCGUGUCAACCUUGAUAUUGAGCAAUAUAUGAAUUUGAAGUUCA